CGGGGGAGGCGCGAGGCAGGCGGGACCGCGGCCGGUUCGCGCUCCCUCCGGGGCUGCGCGCCCCCUCGGCUGCGCUCGGCACCGGGGCGCGGGCAGCAGAUGGGAGCUCGGGGUGCCCAAGAUGCGGGCGCCGGCCAGGGAGCUCUUCCGGGACGCUGCCUUCCCGGCCUCGGACUCCUCGCUCUUCUCCAGCUUCUCCACGCCGCUGGCCCAGUUCCGGGAGGAAAUCACGUGGAGGCGGCCCCAGGAAAUCUGCGCCACACCCCAGCUGUUUGCAGAUCGCGCUCAGGAAGGACAGGUGAAGCAAGGGCUGCUAGGGGACUGCUGGUUCCUGUGCGCCUGCGCCGCCCUGCAGAAGAGCCAGCACCUCCUGGACCAGGUCUUUCCUCCGGGACAGCCGAGCUGGCUCGACCAGACGUACCGCGGCUCCUUCACCUGUCGAGUUUGGCAGUUUGGACGCUGGGUGGAGGUGACCAUAGAUGACCGUCUGCCUUGUCUUGCAGGGAGACUCUGCUUCUCCCGGUGCCAGAGGGAGGACGUGUUCUGGCUUCCCUUACUGGAGAAGGUCUACGCCAAGGUCUACGGGUCCUAUGAGCACCUGUGGGCGGGACAGGUGGCUGACGCCCUGGUGGACCUCACUGGUGGCCUGGCCGAAAGGUGGAACUUGAAGGACAUGGCAGGAGCCAGCGGCCAGCAGGACAGGCCCAGGGGCGCGGAACGCAGGACUUGUCGGCAUCUGCUCAGCCUGAAGGACCGCGGUCUGCUGAGCUGCUCAGUGCUCAGCCCCAGAACAGGUACCAGGGCGCUGGGGGAGUUUCAUGCUUUCAUUGUCUCGGACCUGCGAGAGCUCCGGGAUCGGGCUGGUCAGAGCAUCCUGCUGCUGCGGAUUCAGAACCCCUGGGGCCGGCGGUGUUGGCAGGGGCCCUGGAGAGAGGGGGGUGAAGGGUGGAACCGGGUGGAGUCCGCGGCCCAGUCUGAGCUGCUGUCACAGCUCCAGGAGGGGGAGUUCUGGGUGGAGGAGGAUGAGUUUCUGCGGGAGUUUGACGAGGUCACCAUCGGCUUCCCCAUCUCGGAGGCUGGCCACCUGCAGAGCCUCUGCUCAGGAAGGGCGCUGUGCCACACUCAGGAGCUGCCCGGGGCCUGGGUCAAGGGCCAGUCGGCGGGAGGCUGCCGGAACUACAGCGGCUUCCCCAGCAACCCCAAGUUCUGGCUGCGGGUCUGCGAACCCAGCGAGGUAUACAUGGCCGUCCUGCAGAGACCGCGGCUGCGCACGGCGGGCCACCCAGGCAGGGACUACCAGGCCGUGGGCCUGCACAUCUGGAAGGUGGAGAAGCGGCGGGUCAGCCUGCCCAAGGCCCUGUCUGCGCCCCCCGUGGCGGGCACCGCAUGCCACGCGUACGACCGCGAGGUCCACCUGCGCUGUGAGCUCGCCCCGGGCUACUACCUGGCCGUGCCCAGCACCUUCCUGAAGGACGUGCCAGGGCGGUUCCUGCUCCGGGUCUUCUCCAGCGGGAGAGUCUGCCUCAGCGCCAUCCAGCCGGCAGCCCAGAGCGCUGCCCCCCGGGAGGUCCUGCCCAUGGGCGAGUGGGAGACCGUGAGGCUGCGGGGCUCCUGGAGAGUCGGCCGGACGGCGGGGGGCAGCCGGAACUUUGCCUCCUACCCCACCAACCCCCGCUUCCCCCUCUCGGUGCCGGAGGGCGCGGGCCCCCGCUGCGUGCGCAUCACCCUGCACCAGCACUGCCGUGACCACGAGGGCCUCCCCAUCGGCUUCCACGUCUUCCAGGCAGGCGCCCCUGCUCCCGGGCGUCCGGGUGGGGUGAGCCGGGGUCGGGCAGAGAGGCCCCCGGGGUCUGUCCGCGUCAUCCAGUCACACACAAGACUCAUUUCUAUUCCUAAAGUCCAUAGCUCACUGGGGGUCACAGCUCAGCUCAGGCAGCCCCUCGUCCACUCGCCCGGGCUCAGAACCACUGGACACUUGUGUCCUGAGCUGCCCCCAGCACUGCACCUGCAGCCGGGAGGCCCGACAGGGCGCAGAGGGUGCCGUUGUCCAGCAGGAGCCGCCCUGAAGCCGCGUGAAUCCUCCCCGCCCCAAACCCCGUGGCUGAGUCUGGAACCAGCGAGGGCCUGGGCUCUGGGGACCAGCAGGAAAGGGACGGAGGGGAGGCCCACACCCGCUGAGACGUGACGGAUGGUCGCGCCACCGAGUGAGGGUCUUCUGAUCAGAAAGAGAAGACAGAGCUGGGGGUAGGAGCUGAGAGCGAGGCCGAGGUGCAGGGCCGAAUCCCAGGCAGCAGGAGGGUGGGGCGGCCUUCGGGAGCUCGGGGAAGUGCGCCAGUUGCCCCCGCAGAGGAGAGGCUGCCUCCCGGGCUCACGUGGGCACGGGUGGCAGGAGACCGUGGAGGCCAGGCGAGGGCCAGGGAGUCACAAACGCCGCCCCGAGCGCCUUCCGCGGCCUCAGUCAGCUCUUCCUCUCCCAGCGCGUGAACAGGAUGCACCUAGCGACGUGUAGCUGGAGAAGGCGGGGAGGUGAAGUGCUAGAGGUCAGAGGUCACAAACCCAGAUCCCAUGGUGAGGCGUGGCUCCCCUGCUCCUUCUGGGGACCCCGCUUCAAGAUGGGCUUGGACAGUGGCAGGUGCCCGAGGAGGGCAUGGGCUGGAGGAUGGCCCGGAGCUGUGCCGUCAGGGGCCCGUCAGGGGCUGGGCACGCUUAGCCUGCGCUGCAGACGACGUGGGGGGGAGGGUCGGCUCUUCUCCGAGAAGGCCCUGUGCCCUCAGGAUCCCAACGGCUGAGGACGCGCUCUGGUGCCUCGCUCCACCGCAGGCCACCCCUGGGGUACCCCCCCGGCGCUUCGAAAAAAGUGCCGGGGCCGGGGCCAAAGAGAUGAGUCCUGGGGCAGGGGCUUGCGCAGUGGGGGCCUCCUGGUGCCCUGCGUCUUAAUUCCCCCACCCAGCUCCUCCCAGCGGCCACCCUGAAGGCUGGGCUGUGCCCUGGUCUCUUCCCCUGAGAGCCCCAGGCAGAGCUUCUCAGGGCCCAGAAGCUGGGGCUGCAGUGACAGUCGCUGGAGGAUGUGAGGGCGGGCCUUCUGCUGGUCCCCAGGCUGCGGCCCUCGGGUGGUGGGGCCCCGGUGAGUGGCGAGUCCAGCUUCGGGGGCCUGGCAUGUAUGACGGGGUCCAAGCAGACUGCACCGGGCUGCUCCCGACCCAGGGCAGUGCUGCCUGGGAAGGGAGCGAGGCCGAGGCUGAGACAGGGGACUUGCCUUCGCCGUCCUGGCGAACACAGCCGAUUCGGUCCGCCCACGGGCAGGCCGCCCGGUCUGAGCCCGGGCCUCCCCCAGGUCCCAGCAGACGGCGGGGGCCAGGAUGCGCCCUCCUUGCUGCUCCAGGAGCCUCUGCUAAGCUGUGUGCCGCACUGCUACGCCCAGGAGGUCAGCCGGCUCUGCCACCUGUCCGAGGGGACCUAUUGGAUCGUGCCCUCCACC